AUGAGCGUAUUUGGUAAGAUCUUCGGUGGUGGCAAGAAACAACCGCCAGCUGCCACACCACAAGAGUCCAUUCAAAAGUUACGUGAAACAGAAGAAAUGCUGGUAAAGAAACAAGAAUUUUUAGAGACGAAAAUUGAUGCGGAGUUGGCAUCGGCUCGAAAGCACGGUACAAAAAAUAAGCGAUUGGCAUUACAUGCAUUAAAGCGAAAGAAGCAGUUCGAGAAACAGCUGCAGCAAAUCGAUGGCGUAUUAUCUACGAUUGAAUUCCAAAGGGAGGCGCUCGAGAAUGCAUCCACAAAUGCUGAAGUUCUUCAAGUGAUGGGUUCUGCAGCUAAAGCACUUAAAACUGCACAUAAUGACAUGGAUGUUGAUCAGGUACAUGACUUGAUGGAGGAUAUUGCCGAACAGCAAGAAGUGGCGGCCGAAAUUGCUGAGGCGAUAAGUAAUCCAGUUGGAUUUGGUCAAGAUAUUGACGAAGAUGACCUUAUAAAAGAACUUGAAGAACUUGAACAGGAAGAACUUGAUAAACAAUUGCUCAAUGUUGGCCCAACUCCGGCUACAGUCGCGAGUUUACCAGAAGCCCCAACCACCGAACUACCAACCGCAGCAAAGAAAACCGCGGCCAAGAAACAACAAGAAGAUGAAGAUCUUGCCGAGCUUGAAGCAUGGGCAAAUGCCUAA